CCAAUAUGCAUAUCAGAAACGUUACUUUUUUAAACGAUCAGUAUUACGGAAUUUGAAACGCAAAGUUCUAUAAAAUGUUUUAUCAUAAACAAAAUGAAGAUUAAAGCAAAAAUAUAAAUUUAUUAUUUUUAAUAUCAUUAGGAGAAGUAUUUAUUUUAAUAUAUUUAUUUUAAUAAAUAUGUAAUUUUCACAAAUUGUGAAAUUGUGUGGAUUCAUAUUUAGUGAAUUAAAAAAUAAAUAAUAAAAAUGCAACGAACAAAUUUACCUAUUGUAUCAAUGCAAUUAGAUUCUUCUAUUGCGAUAAAAAUAAGUAUGGGUGGAUCAAUGUUCCAAGAAAGGACAUUAAUGGGUCGUUCAGAUGUAUGGCACAAAAUUAAAAUUUUAAAAGGAACUGAAUAUGAUAAAGAAACAGUGUUAAAAGCUAUAUUAAAUGCUAUUGAACCAGCAGAAUUGAUUCCUGUGAAAUAUCAAAUCAAUGGAGAAGAUACUUUCUUUCUGGCUCGUAAUUGUGCUCAUGCUCUUGACAAACUAUGUAAAACUAAUUUAAUAAUCAAAAAUCCAGAAGGAGAUCCAUUGAUCUUAAUUGUUACUUUAGGAUUUGCAUCCAUUCAUGAUUUGAAAAUUAAUCUUCAACCUUUACUUCUGACUGCUUUGACUAAAAAAUAUGAUCCUAAUAAAAAAACUCUGGAUCUGGAAGAAUUUCAUAAAGAUCCUGACAUGUCUAAAAUUGCUUAUUGUCCGUUAUCCCAACAGAGAACUUUUAAUCAUGUUUUAAAAUUAACAAAGACUGCAAUUGCCACAGUAGAACACUUAAAUCUUCAGAAAAAUGAAUUGUUCAAUUUAACUCCUAUAGAAACUUCUAGUUUGACUUCCAUAAAAUAUUUGGAUUUAAGACAUAAUAACUUAAUUGCUAUGGAAGCACUUACCCCUUUAAAAAAUCUCUGUAUACUGAAAUUAUGGCUAGAUGGAAAUCCUUUAUGUGAAAAUUAUUGUACUUCAAAGCAAUACAUAGAUUCUGCAAUGAAAUACUGUCCUAAUUUAAUUCAGUUGGAUGGAGUUUAUAUUAAAACAUGUGGCUUACCAUUAACAUAUAUUAAUUAUUUUAAAAAUGAAUCCAGAGAAGAAUUAGUUAGCAAAUUUAUUAAUCAUUUUUUCAAUCUAUAUGAUCAGAGUGAUAGAACAGUUUUAAGAGGAUUAUAUUAUAAAAAUGCAUUUUAUUCUAUGAGCUUUGGAAUUCCAUCACCUGUGGCUCAUAAAAAAAAUUUAGUUCAAUUUACAGCAAAUAGAAAUUUAUUAAAAACUGCAGAUCUAAAUAAGAAACGGCAACAUCUUUAUUAUGGACAGGAUAAUAUUUUAGGUGGUUUAAAAAGAUUACCACGAUCCUAUCAUGAUAGAAAAUCUUUUGUAUGCGACUUGAUAUUCGAUGAUAACAGAUGUUUAGUAAUCUCGAUUUGUGGAUUAUUUAAAACUAUGAAUAAUUCGUCACAAGUUCUAUGGUUUAAUAGAACAUUCAUUCUCCAAGCUGGCCCUGAUCAUGAAUAUAAUAUUAUAAAUGAUCAAUACUACAUAAAUGCUACUACAGAAGAAAUAUCACCAAACAGUAUAGAAACAAAAAUUUCUUACGACGAAAUCGUAUCAUCUUGCUUUAGCUCGAGUGAGAAAAAAGAAUUGUUGAACAAAUUUACAGAAAUAACUUCAUUAAACAAAGAUUGGUGUCAAACAUAUUUAGAAGAAGCUAAAUGGAAUAUAAGAAAAGCGAUUUCAAAUUUUAUGAAGGAUUAUAAAUCUUCGGCUAUUCCUGUUGAAGCAUUUUCAAGAUAGUAUUGCUUGUUAGGUUAAUAAUGAAAUUGUAAAUAUAGAAAAUAUAUUAACUUAUAGACUUUUUAUUUUUUAAAACGAGAUACUCAAUUUAAUGCUUUAAAAAAAUAUAUAUUUUCUCAAUUAGUGUUAUUUUAUGUUAUAUAUUAUUUUUAUAUAUUUAUGUUUUAAUAAUUUAAAUAUAAUUAUCUGAUAAAUACACUCUACUAUUAACUUGAAGCUUUGUUCAAUAGAUGGCACCAUAAUAUGAAUUGUGAUACAAAAUAAAAUGUAGAUGCAUCGUAUUUUAUGAAAUACGAUGUUAAGAAAAAUAUAAAAAUAAUAUAUUCAUCUACAAUAAACUAUUUUAAUAUAUUUAAUAUAUUUUUUUUUAUUUCUAUAAAUAUUAAAAUAACCUAUAUAACUUCACAUUUUUUUAUAAUUUAAAUAACAUAUAAAAACAGAAUCUAUCAGAAUUUCUAGUUCAACGCUAUAAUAAGAAAUGAUACAGCUUCGAUAAAAAAACAAGAUAUCCUUGAUAGAAAAGAACUUUUUCUCUCCCAAGUAAUUCUAUGUUAGAAUACAUUCAAUACCAUCAUAGAUCAAUGAGCGUGUCGUGAUGUUACUUGUCUGGCAUUUAACAAAACCCCGAGGAUGUUCACUGACUUCAUCAAAAGGUUAUACAUUCAAGGAUUACAUUGAUUGUGGGAGACAAGUGAAUGAAUCAAAACAUUUCUAUUCUCUUUUUGAAUAUCGUUAAUACUAUAAAUUGUUUAUCUAAUCCUUGGCUUAGAUCAUAUAUUUUACAUUCUUUGAAUGCUAAAUAUUUCUUAUGAAUAUAAGAAUAAGAAUAUAAUUAGAUAUUUUAAUAAAAAAAUCUAAACAUCAUAAAAUAUUAUUAAUCUUAUAAUUAAUUCCAGUAAUCAAUAAAUCGUGAAUUCUUAUAAAAACGUAUCCAUGUCAACAGUAGCAAAAAUGACAAUCUAUUAAAUUAACAUGAACGUCUACAAAGCAAAUGAAACUGUGGAUGAAUGAAACUUUGUAUGUGAUUUUUAAGUUAGAAACUCUUUCAAAACAAGAUUUACCACGCUUAAAAGGUUAUAUGAAAGAUGUUACUCAUGAAUAACAUCAUUUUAUAAUGUACUUUUUACUUAAACAAUAUUUCAACUACUUAUUUUUAUUAUUUACUGGGAAAAUUGGGCAAAAGCGAACCAGAGAUAGCGAACGAGCUAAACGAACUAUCAGGGCUAAAUAAUCGUCCUCACGUUUUCCUUGAGAUUCUAUCUCUCAGAAAGCGCUUCCCAUUGCGCAACCAAGCUUCAUUUCCUGGUUCCAUCGCAAGAAGAUGCUACGAAGGAAAAAAAUUCGCCUGACAAUAACGCAUGUUACGCGAUCGUACGUGUUAGUCGAGCAACUCGCUUUACUAACAAUUACGAGACCUGACGGAGCGUAUGCUUAGUGGUAUAAUAAAAUGAUUAUUGUGAGAUCGUUGGCAACCUCCCACGAGUAUUUUGCUUGGUAAAAAAAAAUCGACCCUCACGAUUAUUUCAGGUUAUGUGCCCAUCCAAUUAAAACUUCCUUUGAUCGGUUCGUCUUGUUCUCGUAUUGCUUUCCUGACUCGUCUUUCUCAAAGAUUCUCGAUACGAAAUCCUGGCUAAGAAUUGGACUUUGCGUGACAUUGAUCGCCGAUUUCGUAACGUUAAACAAGAUACAGAUCAUAGAUCAAAUUCUGAUAAUUCAUCAAGGAUUCACGAUUUUUUAUUUAUUUUACACAGUAUUGAGUGUAGACGAAUCACUAUUUUGAGAAAUAAAUUUUUUCUACUAUCAAAAUGGAUUCAUUGAAAUUUCUAUUUUUAGAAUAAUAUUUUAUAUUUCUUAACUUAGAUAAUAGAUGAAAUUUUUUCUAAUGAUACUUCUCUAUUAAAACUAUUUAAUUUAGAUACUUGAUUAAUGAUUCUUGAGAUUUUUUUUAAAGGAAAAUAAAGACAAAGAGAAUCGAAGAUAACAUGUAUGCCAUUGUCUACGCAUCAUUCGACUUCUUCUAUCGCAUCGCGAAAGUAGUUUGAUUUAUUGAAGAAAUAAAAGAAGAAAAAAUCAGGCUGCGAAAGUGGUGGAAUGACAAUGCCUUUGAAGCAAUCUAUUUCAACCGAAACGCCAUGAGUUAAACGAUACACGAAGAUGCCUAACAUCGAUAACACGUCAGAGAAAGUCGAACUAUAUCGGUUCUAUGGAAAUUUCGUGCACGAGAGAGAAGUGUAACGGUGUUAGGAUAAAAAAUAAAAUGACAAGAUUCAACCGAACGAGUAACGCAUCCUUGUGCCAGAUUCAAGUCUGUAACGACACAUUUAUAGCACGAGACUGAUCUUACGAUUUCGUCAUUACGACACGGACCAUGGUUUGCGUUUCGUUCUUGUCGAACACGCUUGUUUCCUAUCAAAGAUCGACUUUCAUGAAAUUCAAUUAAAAAAAAGAAUGAAAGAGAAAAAUUUAUAGUAACAGAUCUUUUGUGAGACAAAAGACUCGAAAGAGAACAUAAGUAAUUUCGUGAGAUUUUCUGCGAAAUGCGUAAUUAAAAUACAACCAAGUUGCACCAUUUCUCCAGUAAUGAAUGCAUGCUUCCUACGCUUCUUCCAAUUAGCCUUCUGAUCCGUUCUUUCUAAUGAAACUUGCCUCCAAUCACGCAACAUCCCGCGCUUUCAUCAAUUUCCCUCUACUGUUUAUUUACAUUCUAACAUUUUAAUACUUUUUUUCAUCUACAUCAAAAUCUGUGAAACUUCCUUUUCUCUUUCUAAAAAAUAGAAAUAAUUAUUUUAUAUUAUUUGCAUAAACAUUAAAUAUAUUUUUUAAAUAUAUGUUUUAAAAUAUAAUUUUAUAUAAAAUAGAUAAUUAGAUAAUCUUUUAUUUGUUUUACAGCUAUCUUCGAAUAUCGGCGAAUAUCUUUCAUAUGUAGAUCAUAUGUAUCUCGUAGAAUCUUUUUUUUCGAUUUCUUCACCAUCUUGUUUCAAUUAAUCAUUGGAAAUCCACAUUUACAUAACAUUUGGAAAGUUAAUCCGAUCAUAAUUAAUAUAUUUAAUCAGAUUUAAAAAUUUUUCUUCCUUUUAUGAAUUUCAGAAAAUUAUUAAUACUAGAAACAUCGAUUUUUAUCAUGUGUUCACAUAUAUUAUAGAUGUGAUAUAUAGAUGAAUUAAAGUAACGUUACGAAAAUAAUUAUAUUUAAUUGAAUAUAUCGUUUCAAUAAAAAUUAUUCAAGAUUAAUUUUGUUAAAAUAUCUGCACAAUCAAUUUGAUCGAUUUAGUAGCCUAUUGAGACUUCUCUUUUAUUAUAAAUCUUUCAUUAAGCGAUUGAUCAAUGAUCUCUUGCAGGUAAAUUUCUCUUUCUUCUAAAUCGAGAUAAAAUCAAAAAAUAAAGAAGAAAGGAAGGGUCCAUUCAGUUACACUUGAAAUAAAACAGGAAAUUCUUACAAUAAUUUUUUCCAAAGUCAAGACGAAGUUCACCAGCCAAGAUCUUGCCUGGAAAGAAUUCAGUCUGUCGUCUGGAAAGUCUCUCAGAACUGGCCGCUUGUAUAACUUCCACGUUCCAAGCCGCCCCAGAAGGCUUCGCGUUUAUGCAACUUUACUCGAGGAUUCGCGCACGCACGACACACUGUAUCAUCGUCGUGUGUGCUCCGGUGAAAGUUACGUCCACUGACAACGAAGCAUCAGGCGACAAUCCGUUGCCAUUAUCAAAUCGGAAAUUAACUGAUUCGAGCAUUGUUCCUCCAGAUGGUACCGAUCGUCUUGAUUUUUAAACAGAAUCAGGUUGCAUUUGUGAGAAAUAUCAAUUGUUCUGUUUUUUAAUGGAAAUAAUAUCGGGAAGAAACACGACCGGCUGCGUUCUCGAUAAAAAGUGGAGCACUUCCCAUUAUUUUCUAUUGGAAAAUUACUCGAAGCUUACCAAUAAGGUCUUUGUGCCAUGGGAAAGAUUUCUCUUGGAAUCUCUUGAUUGUAUUAUUAUAGAAAUGAAAAUUGAUCAAUGUUCGAGUUUAAAUUAUCGAACGUCUGAGUUUAAAUGUGAUUCCAUAGAAAUAGAUCUUAUCUAAUUUUUCUUUUAUUUAAUUAGGUUUAUCGGCGACCACUAAGAAUUAAUCAUCUAUGAGUAUUUUAAGAUUAAAAGACGAUGUAUAUAUGAUGACUAGGUAUGGAUUACAUAAGAGAAUAGCGGCGAGUGGAUAAUUCUUAUUUUCGCACGGAGUUACACACUCUGUCACAAUAACAAGAGGGCCGUAAUUAAGAUCUCGAGAGCGUUAAUUUUACUUUGUACGAGAUUUUCCAUUUGUAAAUCAUAUUCUCGACGUAUCAAUGAAUUUAUUUCGAAAUAAAUUCAUAUUUUUUUUUACAUGUCUUUUUCAUAUUAGCGAAAGAAGACCUUGUCUGCGAUAUUAAAAAAAUUAAUCUUCUAUCGAUACAUUAAUCGGAUCUUUAAUUAACCAACCUUGUUUUCAACUCGAAUCGUUUGUAUUUAUAGAUAGUUCUUGCUCAAUUAAUCAACCGAAUUAUCGAUUUAUUAAUACCACGAACAUUAAAUGUUCGUCAGGAUUGAGCUUUGAAAUUUGUUCUUAUUGCGUCCAUUUUUAUAUAUUUUUUCCUAAUGAAAUAAAUCUCUUAAAUAUAUCGUAAAAUUCAAAAUGAAUUCACAAUUAAUAGAAAUAGAAAAUACUUAUUUGAAGUAAGAUAUUCGUUACAUUAUUUCAAAUGUAUCUAGAUCUGGUAUGAUAUAAAUGGUGCAACAGUUGACUCGACAGGAUCUACAUAAGAGGAUAACGAGUCGCUCAUAGCUCAGGGGGCACGGAGAGCAUCGGUUUUUAGGAUGAUCACCGAAGAGACGGACGAAUCGAGUUCGCUACAUAGAGGAUGCCUCCUCGAGCGCUCGCAUUUUGCUUUCACUUUCUCACGUGGCGAAGACUAGGAGAAAUAUCCCCUUCCCCCGUGACUUAUAGAAUCUUCGUGAAUCCUCGAGCACGAGAUCGUUGUUCCAUCUUCGGUGUUCGCAUAUGCAAUUGUUGCACGACUAUAUAAUUAGCUCUGUAUCUCUCAGAACACUUAUCUUAGAUUUAGACAGAAUUUCGAAAACUGUUCAAGGUUUGAUGAUAGAGGGGAUAAGAAACUACAAAACGAUGUUUUCUUUCGAGGAGAGGCAUAAUUGCGACAAUGUAAUCGACGCCGAGAUGCAGCCGCGAGAUAACAGCAACGACGCACACGAGAAGUAUAUUCAAAGAGAGAAGAAUUUUUUCAGAGGGGAAAUCGAGGAAUUUAUAUCAAGAAAUAUGAUCCUCGUGAUGUCGAUGGUGCUCUAGUUCCUAUUGCUUUCGCCGCAAUAAUUUUCAACGCAAUAAAUCGUCAAUUCGUGAGGAGGAUUCGAGUGCACGUGCUAGAGGACGUUCGAGAUCUUCCAACCAGCUUUCACUAGCUCGAUCCGAGUUAAAAGAGGAACGAAGGCAAAUAGGAAAAACGGGAAUUCGUACACGCCAAGGCCGUACAUCUAAAUGUAUUCAUUCUUUCGUAUUACUAAAUCGAAAUAUGUAGCGAAAUUUCAUUACUAGAAAAAGAAAAUAUAAAAAAUUAGCUUAAACUUUUUGCGCAUGAAAAAAUAAUAUUUACUAAUAUAUGUAUAUAUAUAUAUAGUGUGUAUGUGUGUUUAAUUCAAAAUUUUGAUAUGUAAACAGAGAUCAAUGAUCGAAUAUGACGCGAGAUCGUGAAAGUGUUAAGUUACUAAAGAUAGUUGAUGACUGGACGAAGAAGUGCACGCGUCUGACGGAAGUCGAAUAUGUUCCCGCAUACGCUUAGCACCUUUCUGUAUCCGCUUGGGUAAUGAGGAACAUUCUCUCUUCUCCAAAUCGCUAUGCAAAUCUGCGUAACAUCAUACAACUCUUGGAGGUAUAAAGAAUCGAGUUUUUUCUCAAGAUUUAACAAAUUCCUUGAACUUAUUCGAUACUUCCAUUUUAUCCAAUGUUUCAAGAUUUCGAACUCUGACAUGAAAUGAUAGAUAGUACAAUCGAAAUUCAAUAAUUUCUAUAAAAUUGUAAGAUUUGUGAUAUAAAAUUACAAUUUCGUUCCUUCACUUUAGCUCCGCUGUAAAAAAUUCUGAAAAAAUUUUUGAAUAUGAAUUUUAACUCGAAUUAUUUGCAUGUAUUUAAUUGCGUUAUUUUAUCUUUAACAAUACUUACUGUUUUCACUUCUGAGGACAAUUGGAAAAAUAAUAAAUCUUGCAUAAAGUCUCUAUAUGUCAAA